AUGCGGCAAUUGUGGACCUAUUCUGACCCAAGUACCGGGACAGACGAAGGUUUUGGCAUCACAGCGCUGAAAUGGAGUCGCGCCAAUCCCCUCACCUUCUUCACAGCCACCCUUGCCGCCACUGUGGUUGGUUGGAGCGCUGCCAACGCAGGCGUACCAUUGGUGGUUUGGCGUGGCCAUUCAGAGGCCGUGCUUGAUAUCGCACUGAGUCUACCGACGGGGGAGCCGCCUCGUGAAGAGUUUAUUGCUUCAGUCUCUGACGACGAGACUGUGCGAAUUUAUGAUAUGACGGAGGUCACCGCUGUUCCACAUUGA